UAAAUCUAGUGGCAGUGCGAUGUUGCGCGUAAAGAAAUAAUGAUCAUAGUUAGUGUUUUCUGCCCUAAAUUAACGUAGAAUAUGAUAAAUUGAACAUACUAUCCUCAACAAAUAUUUUCAUCUUUAAUGUUGUCAAUAUGAAAACAAAACCAGGCUCAUAAAUAUUUUACAAUGAAUGAAAUCGAGUACUUGAAUAGACUAACGCAAAGUUGAAGAAAAUUUUAAGAUCAAUUAUUAGGCUCAAAAGUGAUUAAUUGUGCAUGCAUAUCGCAAAACUAUCAAUUAUAUAGACUUUGACUAUUAAACAAAAAGCUGCUCUUUGUUAUUGUAGUAUGAUAUAUUGAAUCAAGUUUUUCGAAAACAAGCACAAGCGGGAUUCUGAAUAAGUUUAUCGUGAAAUGAAUGGAUCAUGUUUCUUAAUUAUGCUAAUGUUAUUAUUAAUAUAUAAUUCAAUAAAAUCGACAUAGAUUAAAGAGUGACGAAUAAGAAUCUAAUUAUAAGUUGUGACGCCUGUUAAGUUACUUUAUUACUUUUAUUACUUUAUUACUUUUGACAAUUUUUAAUACCAAUAUAUUCUAAAAUUUUCCUUUAAUUUACUAUUAAACAGCUUAUUGCAAACAUUUGUUUAUUGAUUUUAGUAUGUAUAUAAUCGAUGUAUUAGUAAGUUUAGCAAAUAUAUAAAAUGGAUUUGUUUCAAAAAAGAAAGCCUAGAAAAGGAAUUCUAAACUUAAUACGACAAAGAGAAAUACAGGAGUCAACAACAACAAGCAUUAACAGAGAACUCAAAAUCACUCCAAAUUUUUUAAAACGAUUAGGUUUGGAGACGGAACUUGAAGGUCAUGAGGGAUGUGUUAACUGUUUGGAGUGGAAUGAAAGUGGCAAUCUUCUUGCCUCAGCAUCAGAUGAUAUGAAUGUAAUAUUAUGGGAUCCAUUUAGUUAUAAAAAAAAACUAAUUCUACCAACUGGUCAUGGUGGUAAUAUUUUCACGGUCAAGUUUAUGCCAAAAUCAAAUGAUUCUAUUUUGGUAACAGGAGCUGGUGACUACAAGAUUAGAGUUCAUAAUAUUUCAAGUUCUGAUACAAUGCUCAUAUGCACCUGUCAUCUUGGUAGAGUAAAACGAUGUGCUACAGCACCUGGUGUUCCUUUCUUAUUUUGGAGUGCUUCAGAAGACGGAAUAAUAAUGCAAUAUGAUUUACGUUUACCACAUUCUUGUAAAAACACUGAUCAGAGAACAGUCCUUGUAAGUCUUGCCAAUCAUACAGGAUGCUUUAUUGAAGCAAAAUGUGUCAAUGUCAACCCACGAAGACCUGAACUAAUUGCUGUUGGUGCUAAUGAUGCUUAUGUACGAAUGUACGAUCGAAGGAUGAUUAAACUAUCUAGUAGACCUUUGUCAUAUGCAACAAACGGUACAUCUUUAGCAUUAGGCAAAGGAGACCCUGAAGAUAAUAUACCAGUGGGCUGUGUGCAGUAUUUCAUUGCAGGUCAUUUAAAGCAUCGUGGCACUUGUAGACGUUUUUCUACAACAUACUUAACUUUCAAUGACAAUGGAGAUGAGCUAUUAGUUAAUAUGGGAGGAGAACAAAUAUAUCUUUUUGAUAUAAACAAUCGAAAUAAUUCAAAAACUUUUAUUGUUCCAGUUGAAAUAGAUAAAAAUAAUGCAGAGCAAAAUUGUGAUGAACUCAGUGUAGACGAAAUCAAUAAUCUAGUAGUUUUAGAAGAUUUGUCUGCAUUGAAUAUUAGCGAAUUAAGUUCUGAAGUUGAAGAAUUACAUCAAAAAGCAAAUAAAUCAUUUGAAGAAGAACAAUAUGCCAGUGCGAUAACAUAUUAUAAUGAAGCAAUAAACUUGUGUCCAUAUUCUGCAAUGCUUUAUGCUAAUAGAGCUGGCACCUACAUUAGGAGGGCAUGGGAUGGUGAUUGUUAUGCUGCUUUGCGUGAUUGCCGUGCAACUUUAGCAUUAGAUCCUGAACACGUAAAAGCUCAUUUUAGGCUUGCAAAGUGUUUAUUUAGUUUGAAUAGGAUUAACGAAGCUCGUAUUGUUAUGGAAAAUUUUGGAGAAAAAUUUCCUGAAUUUCAAAAUAACUCAUCAUGUAAAGCAUUGCGAAAAGAUAUAAAAGAAGCUUUAACUUUAGGAAAACCAGAAACUUCUAAGCAAAGUAAUGAUAUUAGAACAUCAGAUUAUGAAAAAGAAUGGCGUGAAAAGGCAUUUGAUUAUAAAAUGCGUUUAUGUGGUCAUUGUAAUACUAUCACGGAUAUUAAGGAAGCCAAUUUUUUUGGAGAUGAUGGACAAUAUAUUGUGGCUGGAUCAGAUGAUGGAUCAUUCUUCAUUUGGGACAGAUGUACCACAAAUAUAGCAAGAGUGCUAAAAGGGGAUCAGAGAAUAGUAAACUGUUUACAACCUCAUCCAUCAACAUGUUUGUUAGCAACUAGUGGUAUAGAUCCAGUAAUUAAACUGUGGAGUCCUUUACCAGAGGAUGGUUCUGCUAAUGUAUUGGAAGUUGAAAAUUUACAUGAGGCAGCAAUGGCAAAUUAUGUACGCAUGAAUACUGAUCAUUUUGAAGUAAUGCUUUUCAAUAUGGGUUACAGAAUACCUGCACAAGGUAAUAAUCAAGAUGAUGUAGAGGGUCGUCAAUCACCCAGUGGGAGCUUACCACUCAAUUGUAGACCAAGUUAAAUUUAUAUCUGUGUAAUAUGGAUAUUAUAUAAAGCUUGCAAAAUUCUGUAUAUAAUAUUAUUUGUAAUACAUUAAUAUAAUUGCAUUUACAAUGCUAUUUAAUUAAGCUUUAUUGAAAAUAAGAAAAAAAUAUCAAUUUAAAAAGGACAUAAAAUUAUUUUAUUAUUCGUAAAUGUGAAAAUUUUGUUCUCAACUUGGACAAGUAAUUUUGUGUAAUCUUUUUAAAUUAUUAAAAUUUGAUUCAACUUA